AUGCUCGAAAAGCGCUUCAGUAUCCCGAUGUCCAAACCAAUAUCUCUCCCAAUACACACAUCCUCGAGUCGAAUGAAGAUGAAAAUGAAACACCGACAAAAGCGACGAAUAACACAAAUAACACUCAUCGCGGGUGGAAUCCUCGUGUUUUACUGCUUUGUGUUUCUCUGGAGGACACCAUCAUCAUCAUCGUCGUCGUCGUCGUCGUCGUCUUUGAAGCCAGCACUUUCCAAACAACAACUAAGCCAAAGACCGCCACCCCCAGAGCUGCUCAACAAUCUUUCCCUAGACGAAGACCAAUGCAAUGCUGCCUUCCCAGGCCUCACCAAAGAAAUCGACGAUGCCGUCGCCGAGGGUCCGUUCACCAUGAAGAGAUACUCCAACAACCAAGGCCCAUUACAAGGAAGGAUCAAAGACGGGCAAAUCUACAUCAUCCACGCCCAGCGACGAAAAGAUCUGUCACAAGAAAUGUCAAACUCCCGCACCGCCUCCCUCCACCAACUCAACCGCGCCCUCCUCACCUCCCCCUCCCCCCUCCCAAACACCCUCUUCACCCGCAACUUCCAAGACACCCUUCGCACAGCCUGGUCCUACUCCCGCCCCGCCUCCUCCCCCAUCUUCCCCCCCAAAGCCCCCUCCCCAACCAACACCCAACAACAACGCCUCUUCCUAAUCCCCCACUUCUCCUUCUGGUCCUGGCCCCUCCCCUUCAUCCGCUCCCUCCCCCACGCCGCCUCCCUCAUCACCUCCCUCGAAUCAACCCUCCCCUUCCCCUCCAAAAUCCCCAAAGCCGUCUGGCGCGGAACAACCUGGUUCAACUCGGUCCGCUCCCCCCACCUCCGCCAAAACCUCCUCCAAACCACCCGCCCCCACCCCGAAAUCUUCGACGUCCAAAAGCUAGAGUGGACAGGCAAAAACCGCAACGCAACCAACGCCUUGCCUAUCCAGGACUUUUGCCGCUACAAAUACGUCAUCCACACCGAGGGAAUCGCCUACUCGGGCCGGUUUCAAUUUCUGCAAAUGUGCCAGAGCGUCGUUUUGACGCCCCCCAUUCUCUGGAUGCAGCACACCACCCAUCUUGUGAGACCCGUCUACAGUGGGAAGUUGACCGGCAAGAGGUGGGAGACGACUGAACGAGUCAAGGGCGCUUGGGGGACGGGUGUGGACGCGAGGGAGGCGAAUAUUGUUUUUGUCAAGCCUGACUGGUCUGAUUUGGAGGAGACGGUGAGGUGGUUAGAAGAAAACCCAGAGGUUGCCGAGGGGAUCGCCACUAGGCAGAGGGAGCUGUUUGUCGGAGGGGGGUAUUUCUCCAAAGCGGCCGAGGCGUGUUACUGGAGGGCGUUGGUGACGGGGUGGGCAAAAGUUGUGAGGCCCGAGGGAGGGGAGGAGGCCUGGGAGGAGGGAAUGCCGUUUGAGGAAUUUAGUCUGACGAAUUCGUUCGAGUGA